AUGACAGUGAAAUCAGCCGAGCGCCUGACAGAGGGGCUGGAAAAGCCUCUUCUGGAUGACCGCUCCUACAGAGUCAUACGGCUGCCCAAUAAGCUCGAGGCUCUGUUGGUUCAUGAUGCGGAGACAGAUAAGGCUGCUGCGGCGAUGGACGUCAACGUGGGGAGCUUCAGUGAUCCCGAGGAUUUACAAGGUCUCGCCCACGGCCUGGAACACAUGCUGUUUAUGGGAACUGAAAAGUAUCCCGUAGAAAACGCAUACAACCAGUAUCUAGCCUCGCACUCUGGAUCCUCCAAUGCCUACACCGCUGGCACUGAGACGAACUAUUUCUUCGAGGUGUCUGCUACAGGUACAUCUAACAGCGAGACAUCGAGCGGCCAAUCCACCCCCAACGGAACUACGAAUGGCACGCCGGCAGCGUCCGAUUCAGCAAGUUCCGAAUCAGCAGGACCUUCUCCUUUGUAUGGUGCUCUGGAUCGAUUUGCGCAGUUUUUUGUGUCGCCGCUUUUCUUGGAGAACACGCUCGACCGUGAAAUGCGGGCAGUAGACUCAGAAAAUAAGAAGAACCUACAGAGCGACUUGUGGCGUUUGAUGCAGCUUAACAAAUCGCUGUCAAACCCAGCCCAUCCUUAUAAUCAUUUCUCAACUGGAAACCUGCAGACAUUGAAGGAGGAGCCGCUGCAGCGCGGUGUUGAGAUUCGCAAUGAGUUUAUGAAGUUUUAUGAUAAACACUAUUCUGCUAACCGGAUGAAACUGGUGGUGCUCGGUCGUGAAUCGCUAGAUCAGCUAGAGCAGUGGGUAUCGGAACUGUUCGCUAAUAUCAAUAAUAAGGAUCUACCCCAGAACCGAUGGGAUGGUAUCCCGAUCUGGCUGCCGAAUGAUAUGUGUAAACAGGUCUUUGCUAAGCCCGUGAUGGAUUCACGCUCCGUGGAUAUUUACUUCCCGUUCCUGGACGAGGAGAAACUGCACGAGACUCAGCCGAGUCGGUACAUUAGCCAUCUUAUCGGCCACGAAGGACCAGGAAGUAUUUUGGCAUAUAUAAAAGCCAAGGGCUGGGCGAAUGGAUUAUCCGCCGGCGCAAUGCCGGUCUGCCCUGGGGCUGCUUUCUUCACCGUGUCUGUCCGGUUGACACAGGAAGGAUUGGAGCAAUAUCAGCAGGUGGUUAAGGUGAUCUUCGAGUACAUUGCAAUGAUCAAGGAACGGGAGCCGGAGGAGUGGAUCUUUGAGGAGAUGAAGAACCUGGCGGAGGUAGAAUUCCGAUUCAAACAAAAGUCUCCCGCCAGCCGAUUCACUAGCCGCCUGAGUACUGUCAUGCAGAAGCCACUGCCACGAGACUGGUUGCUUAGUGGAUCUCUCCUUAGAAAGUUUGACCCAGAGGGCAUUAAAAAGGCCUUUUCGUACCUUCGCGAGGACAACUUCAAGUUGAUAGUGGUCGCACAGGACUACCCCGGAGACUGGAACACCAAGGAAAAGUGGUACGGAACCGAGUACAAGGUCGAGGAUGUACCUGAGGAUUUCAUGGCCAAUAUCCGCGCAGCGCUGAAAACCACCCCGGAAACUCGGCUAUCGGAAUUGCAUAUCCCGCAUAAGAACGAGUUUGUCCCUACCAGACUUUCAGUGGAGAAGAAGGAGGUGACUGAGCCCGCUAAGACUCCCAAGCUUAUCCGCCAUGACGAGCAUGUCCGUGUCUGGUUUAAGAAAGAUGACCGGUUCUGGGUACCUAAGGCCACUGUUUACGUUACCCUGAGGAACCCGCUGGUUUACGCCACACCGGCCAAUCUUGUAAAGUCGAAGCUCUACUGUGAGCUUGUUAGAGAUGCUUUGGUAGAGUACUCCUAUGAUGCGGAGCUCGCUGGUCUGGACUACCAUCUGUCUGCCAGCAUUUUUGGCCUUGACGUUUCGGUUGGAGGAUACAACGACAAAAUGUCUGUCCUCUUGGAGAAGGUCCUUACAAGCAUGCGCGACCUUGUGAUUAGCCCAGAUCGCUUCCGGAUCAUCAAGGAGCGUCUGACCCGCGGCUAUAAAAAUGCUGAGUACCAGCAGCCUUACUACCAGGUUGGAGACUACACCCGGUAUUUGACUGCGGAACGCGGCUGGCUGAACGAGCAAUACGCCGCGGAACUGGAGCACAUCGAGGCGGAGGAUAUCCAACACUUCUUCCCCCAGAUUUUGCGCCAAAACCACAUUGAGGUCUUGGCCCACGGUAACUUCUACAAGGAGGAUGCACUGCGAAUGACCGAUACUGUGGAGUCAACUUUGAAGAGUCGCAACCUUCCAGAGUCCCAGUGGAAUGUUAGGCGUAACAUGAUCAUCCCGGCUGGAUCGAACUAUACCUACGAGAGGCCUCUCAGGGACCCCGCCAAUGUUAACCACUGUAUCGAAUAUUACCUCUUUAUUGGGGACAUGCAUGAUGAAGUCCUACGUGCGAAGCUUUUGCUGUUCGCCCAAAUGACCGACGAGCCUGCCUUUGACCAACUGCGAAGCAAGGAGCAGCUCGGGUACGUCGUUUGGAGCGGCGCACGCUACUCGGCCACCACCAUCGGGUACCGUGUGAUUAUCCAGAGUGAGCGCACUGCUCAGUACCUGGAAUCUCGUAUUAACUCUUUUCUCUCCAACUUCGGAAAGACGCUGGAGACGAUGCCGGAGGAAGAAUUCGAGAGCCACAAGCGCAGCGUCAUCAACAAGAGACUGGAGAAGCUCAAGAACCUGGUUUCUGAGACUUCCCGGUUCUGGACUCACAUUGGCUCCGAAUACUACGACUUCCUGCAGAGCGAGACCGAUGCUGCCCGUGUCCGGGAUCUGACCAAGUCGGACCUCAUCGACUUCUACAAGAAGAUGAUCGAGCCUGAGUCUCCUACACGAGCCAAGCUUUCGAUUCACCUCAAGGCCCAAGCCGGCGCACACGAAGCCGACUCCAAGGAGCAGGAAGAGAAGGGCACUGAAAGCAAGGAAAGUCCCGAAGACGCUGCUCUUACCAAGGAUACCGAGAAGACCGCAGAGCCAACCUAUAUUACAAAUGUUACGGAGUUCAAGGCCCGCCUGGCUGUCAGCACUGGGCCCAGCCCCAUUACGGACCUCACCGUGUUUGAGGAUUUUGACGCCAAACUCUAG